AUGCGGCCUGUGCGAAGAAGUCUGUGGAGUUUUGUCCCCUUGGCGACGCUGAUGCUGAGCCUCUUCCCCGAGGCUUCAGCGGGUGGCAGCUCUAACUUUCUUCACCCCAGAGGAGGUAAUUCUGGAACCCCAGAAAACUCUGCUACUCCCUCUGUUCCCUAUGUUGGGGCAUCUCAGAUGGACUUGAAUACAGCGGCUACUUCUAGUGCUGACAGCGGCAUAACGCAUGACGCAGAGAAGGCGAAAGAAGGCGAGCUAGAGGAUGUCGAGCAAGUAUUGACUGAGGAAGCAGGAACCUCCCGCACAAGUUCGCACGAAACCAAGGCAGAUUUCACUGCUACGGCACUUGCAAAAAAGAAAAUGACGCCAGAACAGUACGCAGAAGCAGAGAAGGAGGUUCUAGAGGAGCUGCAAUCCCUCUUAAGAAUAAGCCCAACGACAACUACUACAAAACCUCCGGGAAUCUUCAAGGAGGUCAGAACGAAUAGUGGCAGCGCGGACCUUAUGUUCUCAAAGCUUGGCUCCGCAAUUUCAGGAGAGAAAGGAGGGUGGGGCGCCGCUCUUCGAGACUUUUGGCGAUUAUUAACCAUGAAUCCGGGCAGGCAGAAGGAGGCAAUAGAGAGGAAAAAGCAAUCAGCAAUCAAUGGAGAACAAGCAGCGAGAAACAUAAUGCACUCCGAUGGAUUGCCUGCUGAAAUUUUUGGAGAGGCACUUCGCCAACAGUGGGAAUUGGAGAAGAGCCGUAAGGCUCUUCAAGAAGAACAGAAAGUUGAAGAAGAGCUUCAGCGUAAAUUCGAUGCCCUGCUGGAAAGGGCUUCCAAAAACGAUGUGUAG